CUCUGCCAGCACCUUUCGGACUCGAAGAAGAACAAGACUUUGAACCACCGUCUUUUAUUCAGGUUUUUUGUUCUUAAAAACAGUCGGAAGUAGAACUGCUGCGAUUGAAUUACAAAUAAUCUCCAGAUCCGGCUUUGAACUACCCAAAUCCACUUCCUCGUCCCUUCUCCGUCGCUUCACCAACUUUUUAUCUUCACCACAAUGCUCGCCCACCGCCGCGCUACCUCCUCCUUCCUCCACACCGCUCGCCGGACACUGGCAACCGUCGCGGACUCCGGCUUCGCCUCCUCGACCGUCGAGGGCGUCAAGCUCGCGACAAAAGAGGUCGACACACCAAUCUCGACCCUCUCCUUCGUCGUCAAGGCCGGAUCACGGUACUCGACCACCCCCGGUGUUGCCCACGCCCUCGAGCGCUACGCUUUCCAGAACACAAAAACCCGCUCGGCCCUCCGCAUCACUCGCGAGUCUGAAUUCCUCGGCGCUUCCUUCUCUCCCUCGCUCUCCCGCGACGCCAUCGUCCUCACCGCCGAAUUCCUCAAGGACGACCUCGCCUACUUCUUCGAGGUCCUCUCCGACGUCUUCGCCCGCCCCCACCUCGCCCGCCACGAGCUCGCCGAGGUCGUCGGCACCCUGCUCAAGCUCGACUCGACCGCCGCCGCCGCCGACCCCUCCGUCGCCGUCACCGAGGCCCUCCACCUCGCCGCCUACCGUCGCGGUCUCGGCCUGCCCCUCUACGCGCAGCCCUCCGACUCCAUCUCGGCCACCUCCGUCUCCGACUACAAAGACAUCGUCUACACAAAGGCGAACCUCGCCAUCGUCGGCUCCGGCAUCUCCCUCGACAAGCUCUCGCCCUUGGUCGCGGACUUCCUCGAGGACGCUCCCGCCGGAACCGACGUUCCCCUCCCCUCGUCGCCCUUCUACGCCGGCGACGUCCGCGUGCCCUCCACCGCCGGCAACGCCGUCGCUCUCGGCUACGCCACUUCUUCCUCUGCUCCCGAAUUCGCCGUUCUCGCUGCUCUCCUCGGCGGCACUCCCAGCAUAAAGUGGUCGUACGGCUCCUCCCUGCUCGCGACCGCGACCCAGGGCAAGGCCGUCGCCUCGCUAACCCCCUACGCCGGCUCGUCGCUCUUCAAGAUCAUUGCCUCCGCCGGCUCGGCCGAAGACACCUCCGCCGCUGCCGCCGCCGCCGCCUCGGUUCUCAAGUCGGUCGCGUCCAAGCCCGUGUCGUCUGACGACCUCAAGAAGGCCAUCGCGCAGGCAAAGUUCGCCGCCGUCUCCCCGCUCGAGGGCAAGCCUGGUUUGACCGCCACCGGCGUCUCCCUCCUCACCACCGGCGCUGUUCCCGACACUGCCGCCAUCCUCUCGGCCCUUGACUCUGUCACUGCCGAGAAGGUCAAGAGCGCUGCCGAGGCCGUCGUCAGCAAGGUCGCCGUCGCUGCCGUUGGCAAGGUUGCCGAGCUUCCUUACGCUGAUGAGUUGUUGUAAGCUGUUUCGUCAACAUUUGACGCACAAAUGAGCAGCCUUUGUCAAAAGUGAUUGUUGCUUCUUGACUAUUUGUCUAUUUCUUUUCAUAUGCUUAUCAUCAACAAGUUUCAAGUUAUCUAUCAUAAACUAAUAUUGAACAAUUGCUCUUGUACCUGUCUUUUGUGUGUAUCUACUUUUAUAUUCUCUUUUACUUUUAGAUGAUCCUUUGUUUUAAAAAAAUUGAAAUAAAACUUUUUUUUAAAAACUAUUUAU